UUUGCAGGGGCGGGAGAAGGUGGACCUCUCUCUGCUGCCUUCUCCCAAGGCCAGGAAGCCACCUGUUGAGUAGCCAGUGGGGCGUGUGGUUUCACUCAGCCUUUCCCGUGGGGCUCUCGUCCACUCCAUUCACACCGGAGGGAGAAGACGGAGGGACUGGACAAGUGGCAGAGCAGCCUCCAGGCGACCAGGGUAUGCCUGCCUCCUUUUCUGGAUGGACACUCCCUUCUCAGGGUGAAUGGAAACUCCCUUUCUCAGCAGCCCAGUGUGACUGCGGAGGCUGCCGCCACCCAGAAAGAAAGCUGCCCAAGACACAGAGAGAGCUGCAGUCAUCCUGAGGUUCGCAGAGCCCGCUGGAGAGGCAGCCUCAGCGCGGAGCAAAGGCCACCAAGUGGAUCCCACCCCCCUCGAGAACAAGUGGAGGGAGGAUAGCCCCCAGCCUGCCAGCCCUUCAGCCCUAAGAGUACCACACGGGUUGCCACUGAGCCAUGGCCGAAGGGGAGAUCACAACCUUCACGGCCCUGACCGAGAGGUUUAAUCUGCCUCCAGGAAACUAUAAGAAGCCCAAACUGCUCUACUGCAGCAACGGUGGCCACUUCCUCAGGAUCCUUCCCGAUGGCACAGUGGAUGGGACAAGAGACAGGAGCGACCAGCACAUUCAGCUGCAGCUGAGUGCGGAAAGCGCGGGCGAGGUGUAUAUAAAGGCUACGGAGACUGGCCAGUACUUGGCCAUGGACUCCGACGGGCUUUUAUACGGCUCGCAGACACCAGAUGAAGAAUGCCUGUUCCUGGAAAGGCUGGAAGAAAACCAUUAUAACACUUACACAUCCAAGAAGCAUGCGGAGAAGAACUGGUUUGUUGGCCUCAAGAAGAAUGGAAGCUGCAAACGCGGUCCUCGGACUCACUACGGCCAGAAAGCAAUCCUGUUUCUCCCCCUUCCGGUGUCUUCUGACUAGAGGAGUCUGUUCUGGGUGCUCCCUGUUUUGGUUGACCCUACGGUGUUCCCUUGGCCAUUGGCUGCGCUAACCCCAGCCCACAGGGCCUGUCUCUGCAAGCAGUGCUUCUAAAUAGCCAGUUCACUUUUCUGCUGAGCCCUUCCCCCACCCCUAGCACAGUUUGGAACAGAGAGACCAAAUUGCUUCUAGGGGACAACUGACCGGCCAGUUUAGGUCUGACUUUGGAUACCCAAUUGCUUCGGGGGGCACCAGCUGCAAAAUGGACGUCAUGAUACAGAGUUGGGGCCACAUGAAGCACCCAGAGGGGUCUGAAAUGCUCUUUCCCUGACUAAGCCCUGGUUUGGAGUACCCCAGGCACCUAGCAGGACUACCCUUCCCCCUAGCAGCACCCCACAAAUAUUAGUAAAGAAAUGAUGGUAGUGAGGCCGGAGGAAUCCCAUGAUAGAAACAAGCACUCCCCCACACCCCGAACCCCCACGCACAGACAGAACUUAAAACCAACAGGGAAGGUGGCAUUUCCGUGGGCAGCCUGGAAGCAUGAGGUUUCAGCAUCCAGUGAGAAGGCAAGGCUCAGUCGCUGGGAGUCAGAAUGAAUCCACAGCCCAGCAGUCAUCACCAAGUUACCAAGGAGACCUCCACAGCCAGGGGAAAGUCCUGGAAAUGGUUUCUUGAGAAUGGCAAGCACAGGGAUCAGCGGUUUGAGAAGUGGGUGUAGGAGCAGGGAGAAAGAAUGGAUGCUGGCCUCUGAAAAAGGAGAUGCUAGACAGGAGGAGGAGGAAAGAGAAAGCGAGACCACGACACAGUGUGCUUGGCCACCAAGAAACGGGCUGUGGGAUCCCAAUAUGAUGGUCCCCACAUCCUACAUGCGUACAGAUCACGAGAAUUUGGUGUGAAUGUGAGACCUGAUUUGGUUUGGCUGGCGUGUGAGUCCCGUGUUUUGAAAGGGGCCCCGGGUCUCACAGAUGCUGCCGGCUUUCCCACCAUGCUUUCAGGGGAAGCCCCAGAGAAUGUUAUUCAGAUGAAGGUUGCUCAAACCUCACCCUCCUUCGCCUCCACCACCUGGGUUUCCCUGACCAUUCAGGCAGCAUCCAUAGUAGUUAGGCAUGACCUCAGGGCACUUUGGCCCAGUGCCUAUAAAAUGCACACUUAGAUGGCAUAGAAGCCGUACUGCAAAAAAUCUGCUAAACCUCACCGAUAGCUUUUCCCAAGAGACCAUUUCUGUUUCCAUUAUUCCUCCAAACAGGCCUCCUCCUUAAAGUAAACGUGGCCCAAGUGGCCAGCAAAUCAGAAACACUAUUCAUCUCUGACAUAUGACACAAACGCCGUGAGAAGACCUUUCAUACAUACUACAUUUCAAUAUACUGUGAGACUUUGUGUUUUUGCCGCAUUUUACAUAGCUUUAAGGCAUUAAAUGGAUUUGCAUUCAGCCACAAAGAAUGAUAAUAACCGCAUAGGAUGUAUAAGCUACUUGGUUAUCUAACACACUACAUUUAUUCAUGAGACUUUCCUUUUUUGUCAUCUGUGCUUUAAAAAAAAAAAAGAUUAUCUAGGGGCUGGUGAGAUGGCUUAAGUGUGUGGUUAAGAGCACACACUACUCUUGCAAAGAGCAGGGGUUCAUUUCCCAGCACCUGUAUCAUGAUGCUCAGACCUGGUUCUAACUCCAGCUCUGGAAAACCUGAUGUCCUCCAGGGAUUCUAUAUGCACAUAUACAAACUCACACUCAAGACAUGUAUGCAUACAUAGUACUUUCUAAAUAUAAAGCAAUGCUAUGGUGACUGUGGAUUAAAACUGAUGACAGUGUUCCCUUGUUUGACAAGGACCUAAAGCAAUUAUUCCCUGAAAAGAAGGCCUUAGGACUAUACUGUCAUAUUUAGGGUGACACUCAAGAGUUCAGAGUGCUGAUGGAGGGACUGAGCUGAGUUACCUGACAACAUGGUUAAUAAUAACAUUCUGCCAAUAACAUUAAAGGUGUGGCGGUGCACACAUUUAAUCCUAGCACUUAGGAGGCAGAGGCAGGACCUCUCUGAGUUUGAGGCCAGCCUGGUCUACACAGUGAGGUCCAGGACAGCCAGGGUUAGAAAGAGGGAGACCCUGUGUUUAAAAAUAAUAAUCAUAAUAAUCAUAAUAAUGCUUUUUUACAACAAGAUGACUCGUGACUUUUUAAAUCUAUAAUAUAGAUAAUAAAAUUCUGUUUUGCUUUAGUGAAUCCCAGCUCACUGGGGGAUAAUACAGUAUGGCUUACCAUGUCUUUGUAUGAAGAUUUGAAGACUUGGCCGGUAGACGUAUAGAGAUGAGAUUUACUGUGUUUAGAAUGGUCCUAGUUUUUAUCAUAUGACCCAAACUCAACUGUAACACUGACCAAGAUAAAUGAAAAACCACUGCCCACGGGUGAGAUGGGGUCUGAGACUCCAAGACUGACAGCAAUGAUGCACUUGGUAGCCUUCACCACCAACCCAGUCACAGUCCGCGCCUUUGCUCAACAGAUGCUACGGCCCCAAUGUGUGUCAGGCACUGGAUAGGGGGCCCAGGGGAUGACGUCUGUCAGGUAUCCUCUCUCUGGGUGUGUAUUUGUAAAGAGAGAUGCUGUAGAUUAAUUCCUUUAGGUCAGGUCAAAACUCAGACUUCAUAGGUUCCUGCUGAAUCAACAGUAUGUCUAGAAACACCCCCCCCCCAAUGUUAGAUAACCCCCCAGCAAAGCGAUAGAAGACAAUUCUUGGCAAAGCAAACCCAAGACUUUAGCGUUAUCCUUGUGUCUGCCUUAGGGGAGUGGACUAGUUUCAGAUCGGGGGGAAAAAGGCUGUCGGAUCCUGCAGAAAGGGAGCAGCAAGCUGGUCCCUGUGCUGUUUGGAACAGCAAACAUUCCGUUGUGCGCUCUCCUCCAGAACUGUCUUGAAGCCAUCUGCUUGUUCCGUGCCUCUCACAUGCACUCAAAUUCCAAGCUUACUGUGACAAAGUGUCCAACCCUCCUUGCAAACUGUGAGGAGCAUAUGGGUUUUUGACGGUUUCUGACACAGUGGGGAUGGAGCUGGGCGUUUCCCUUGAUGGCCAGCAGUGUGUCCACAUACACUAACUGGUAUAUCAGCUGCUACUGAAGACGAGGCCCCUACUUUGCAUUGAAGGCAGUGGAGCCCAAGUCCGCAGCUCUGCAGAGAACACUGCCUAAAGCAACCACGGUCCCUGGCUACAAAGCAGGCUCUGAUGAAGACGAUGCCUGGAUGUUUGCUCCGAGCCCCCACUGUAUUACACUCUGCACCUUAUAGAUAUUAAUAAAUGUUGUGUUAAUGGGUAA